UCUGUCUAUGUAAAAGCUCUAAUGCAACGAAGUUUCAAAUGUUUUUGCGUACAUAAGCAGUAACAUUAUCCAUAGUUCGUCCUCGACUAAAAUAUUAUAAGUAGUCUGUAGGGCCUCCAAAAGUAGUAAUCCGCGGUGUCUCUGUGCUAGUAUCAAAAAGAUUGAGAACCACAGACAAAUUAAUGAUUGGAAUUAUUAGUGUUCUGUGAUUGGAACUCAGAGCCGUCAGCCGUGAGAUAAAAAAAAAACAAUUUUUAAAAUAUUUUUCCGACUUCGAAAAAGAGGAAAUGCUUGAUUUUGAUUUCAUGUUUUGACUGUAUGUUUUUAUAAUUUAUUUACGUCUUUCUCUUUUUUGAGUGUUGGAUUUAAAGAAACAAACAAACAAACAAUGAAUCUCUCAGACAUUAUAAAAAGGCAUUCAAGGAAGUCCGGCAAGCUGGUUUACGUUUAUAAAUUUAAUUCUCCAAUUGGCAGUUUAAUUGCUUGUGCUGAUCAAGAAUACAUACAUCUUGUAUGUUUUGAAGAUUCUAAAAAUUGUGAAAAAAUGUUAAAAGCUAUUGCCGACAAGUUAAAUUGUGAAUAUGUUGAAGAAACAAACAAAAUUCUGGAAGUGUUGGAGUACGAAAUACAGCAGUAUUUUGAUGGUAAACUAAAAAAAUUCAAUGUACCUAUGAAGACAUUUGGAACAGAGUUACAAAAAGAAGUCUGGGAGAAGCUUAUUGAAAUACCAUAUGGGACUACACAAACUUAUGGUACUCUUGCUAAAGAGAUGGGUCGAUCUGCCAGCCACUCCAGAGCUGUGGGCGCGGCUUGUGGGGCCAAUGCUCACAUCAUACUAAUACCUUGUCAUAGACUGGUUGCUGCUGGAUCAGGCGGAGGCUUCAGUUGUGGGGUGGAUCGCAAGGAAUGGUUAAUUAACCAUGAGAAAAAAAUUUCCUCUAAACAAGAAUAACCCUUUACUACUUGAUAACAUGAUAAGAAAAUAGGAUUGUUGACUGGUUAGUAAUAAUUAUAAUUUUUUGUAAAUGGUUUGAAUUGUGAACUAUUUUAUGGCAUUAUGGUGUCUCCUGUGGGGAAAUUAGGGAUAAAAAGUAACCUAUAAUAAUAUAGCAUAUAGUAUAGACCCCAUUCCUGUGGGGAAAAUUGGGAUAAAAGUAACAUAUAAUAUUAAUAGAGGAUCCAAAUUUGAGAAUAUCUUCACCAUCCUAAUUAUUAUUGGAUGAAACUUGUUUUAUAUAUCUUUGGUAUGUUAAAACAUAUGUUGUGAGUAGUGUCUACAAAACUCUUGGCCAAAAUAACAUUUAUUGAACUAUCAAUAUUAGUUUAGAAAGGAGAUUUUAGGCAAAUUACUUUUUUUCAACUAAAUUUGAUAUAAAUCUCUUUUCAUCCACUAAACAGAUGGAUGAAGAUUGUUUCUAAUUCAGAUCAUAGACAUGUACAACUGAUGUGAUAAUAUAUUUUUAAAGCGCCUACCAAAUUUUUCUAUAUGUUUCAUAAAAAAUUUGUUUAAGUACUGUUAGUCUAGUUUGUUAUCCACUUUAACAAUAUAAUUAGGUAUAAAAGCUGGAAUAUGAUGGCUGUGAUUGAAUGAUUAUAAUAAAACAUUUUUUAAAUUCAUAUAACAAA